CGAAGCAGGAAACAGACCGCCGAGCCUCGUGUGCGGUUAGCUCGGAGCUAAAGCUAAAACAGUUUGUUAAAAUGUCCAAAAGCCAAACACUGAGAGCUUUGGUGAAUGAGCGGCUGACUGCGGCUGCUGAAGAGAUCUUUGCGCUGUUUGAAAGAACGAUAGCGGAGUAUGAGGAGGAAGUGUGUCGCUCCAAAGAGGAGAACCAGAGGAAACAGGAGCUCCUGGACUCGAUACUGAGCCCCUCAAAGAGUCCUGGUCCCGGUCUGAACCAGGACCCUCCACACACUCCACGGAUUAAAUUGGAGCCACAGGAUCUGAGCGUCAAACAGGAGGAACACACGCUCCUAGUUCAGGUCUCAGUGGGCGUCCCAGAGUGCGAUGCUGUUUGUGUGAAGACAGAAGAGUCCUCACUGCUUCAUCAACGACAAGCUGAACUCAGAGAGGAAACACAGAGAGAGGACAUCAGCGCAGAGACACAUUUACACUCAGAGACUGAGGGAGACACAGAACACUCCUCUGACACUGAUGAUGAAGACUGGAGAGCUCCACCCAGGUGUUCAGCUGCACAGAUGGAGACAGACGCUGAUGGAGACCAUGACAACCAAGUCCAGAUCAGAACCCAAAGCUCCGCUGCACAAAACUCAGGUUUAUUCCUGAAAUACAAGUCUGCACCAGAGACCAGUGCCACUGUGAACAAUGGAUACAUGUCAGGAACAGCAGAAGGAGCUGAGGGCAAGAAACUCCAGUGCUGUGUGUGUCAAAAAAGGUUUGAGACUAAGGGGAAAUUACAAAGACAUAGAAGAAUUCACACAGAAAAGAAAUCAUUCAGCUGUUCAACCUGUGAGAAAACAUUUAAUCGAAAGGCCUUUCUAGAAAAACAUGAAAUGCUACAUGCAAAGAAACCAUUCAGAUGUUCAACAUGCAAGAGAUUUUUUACAACAAAAGAUAAUCUAGCUCAACAUAUAAAGAUACACUUGGGUGAAAGACCCUACAGCUGUUUAGUUUGUGAGAAGACAUUUUCUCAAAAGUGUGAUCUAAGUAAACAUGAGAGAACACACACAGGUGAAAGACCUUACAGCUGUUCAAUUUGUAAGAAGAGUUUUACCCGCAAAGAUAUUCUGGAUGCACAUCAGAGAACACACACAGGUGAAAGACCUUACAGGUGUUUGACGUGUGAGAAGAGAUUUUCCCGCAAAGGUAUUCUGGCUGUACAUGUGAGAACGCACACAGGGGAAAGACCUUACAGCUGUUCAAUGUGUGAGAAGAGAUUUUCUGAUCAGAGUAGUCUUGUUAAACAUGUGAGGACACACACAGGGGAGAAACCUUACAGCUGUUCCAUCUGUAAUAAAGGGUAUACACGUAGUUUUCAUUUGAAGAUUCACAUGAGAAAUCACAGAACAGAGUGUGACUGAAGGAUUAUUGAUUGUGUUCAUGAGAUGUUAUAAAGCCUAAAUUCUGUUUUGGAGUUUGCUGUUGACGACACAAAAUACAGAUGUUUGGCCCAGAUCAGCUCUUGUAUCUGAUUUUGAACCAUAACAGAGAAACAACCCUCUGAGAGUCACAGGCAGCUGCUUCUACACUUUUACAGCACACUGCAUGAUGUAAAGGCUUUUCUCCUGAACUACAAGAAAAACUGGUUCUGAUUCAGACUGAUUCUCUGCUCCUGGCUCCGCUUCUUCAUAGCUGCAUUACACCGAAGCAAGUGGCAGAUUUUCAUGUUUUUAAGUGUUUAAGUUUGUUUGUUUUUUGUGUUUAACACUGGAGUAGACAUUUUUCAGAAAUUUGCUUGAAAUUGG